UAGCAGCAGCUUCCUGCUCGUAGUGUCGCCGUGGUUACCAGACGCGGCCACGCGCCUAUUAGGUUUCACUGUAAAACAAAUAUCCGUGUACUAGAUUAAUGGUAGUUUUUUUAACUGCUAAAGCAAAGAAACUAAUGAGAAACGCUGAGAUGAACUCAAGGAGACCUAAAAGUGUUAUAGUCCGCCGAUCAUCCACCUGUCCCAAACUUCCACCCAAAUCAGUCAAGAGCUCUGAAAACUACAUAGAGAGGAUGCCACCAGAGGUCACUGAGAAGAUUUUUUCAUAUUUGGACGCAGGAUGUCUUUUCUGCCUCGGCUUCGUUAACAAACGUUUCCAUGAACUGGCUGACAACAAUGCUGUGUGGUAUCGCUUUUACACCUGGCAGAGAGCAAAAACGAAGACAUCCAGGCUAAUAAAGGAUGUGACAGAUGGACUGGACAUGGCCAGAAUUCAGGAAAAGCCUAAGGGAUAUUGGAGAAGAAUUUUCUUUAAAGAACUGGCCGGUCAUAAUGGGAGCUGGAAGAAGAAACUAAAAUCCAUUCAUUCUUACACUGGACUGCCAGUUCGAACAGUUGAAAUCCUCAGGAGUUUAGGUGUCACAUGGGAGAUUACAGUGAAGGAAGCAAGAGGACGUGAGAACAGAAUCAAACACACUCACGUUUACUUCGGCCAAGCCUCUCUGACUGUUGGCUGGAGUUCAGGAAAGUGGCCAACUCUGGACAAACCUACUACACUGGAGCUGCAUGGAGUGCAGCUUGUGCCCAUUAACUGUCCAAUCACAUGCAGACCAGGCUGGAGAUCCCUUCUAAGUAAAGUGUUGGUGAAGAAGGGUGCUGGGAAACUGUGUGGUUCAGACAGACUCAUCUCUUUGCUGUACAUGGAGAACGGUGUAACUGUGGGGGUUUGGCAGAAGCAACAGGAAAUUGCAUUUGUCCUAGUGAACUUCCAUUAUCACAGACUUGUGGAAAGAAAUCUUCUGGGGACAUCCACCACUCCGUAUGAGGCAACAGACAUGCAAGCGCCUUUUGAUGACAUUGAUCCUGAUUAUGGUUUGCAUAGCUACAGCAUGCACCUUGAGCUGCACAAUACAGAAGACAGCAUUGCGUCAGUGAGCUUCUUGCAGCUGUUCUGCAGGAAAGAUCAGAUUGCUGAUGGUUAUGUCCCUUUGCAAGUUAUCAGUAAAGAAAAGAGACAAACACAGCAAACUCCUCUGGGUGGAAAAAUCAGCCUGCCUUGGAAGACUGAAGGACUACAGGGAUGUGUUGAGAACUGUUGCAUGUUGACUCUCACCGUUCUUGCUGAAGCCCGGACACCGUUCUGGUGUGUUAGUGCACCUGUAGCCAUGACUAAAUCAAAGCACGAGGAAGUGUCAUACGCCUGCAAAGGAGAGAGCUUCUUAAUGGAAUUUCAGGACUCUGACGGAAAGCUGGAGAUAGAGCUGGAGUGGACAGAGGAACAGAAACAGUUUGUCAUUGUUAAUUUAAUCCUUUUUCUUUCCAUUAGCAAAGUUAACAGGUACUUUAGGAGGGAUUAUUGAUACUCAUGGACAUUUUACCUUGUUAAGUAAUACAUACAUGACGCUUCUGUAUAUACGCAUAUACAACACGUGAUGUCUUACGAACUUUAUAUUUAAAAAAAAAAUGGAAAUAGGAAGCCACUAUCUAUCAAGGGUUACAUCCCUGUUCCUAAAUUCCCACAGGAAAACAGUUACCGUUAAGGCAUUACUGUCGUUUAGCAUUAUCAGCAUUCCUCUUAGAUGCUGAUGUCUUAAGACAGUUGUUUAAUGUAAUAGCUCUCGGCUGUAGGAGGAUUUUUAUCGCUGAUGCCACGACGCGCUCACACCGUUAAAACAACAUUUGGCUGCGAUUAGUGAUGGAAGGCAGUUUUGAGGCAUAAACAUCCCCUCUGGAUUGGGGCAUAAUGGGAUUGCGUUUAGUCCUCAGAGGUCACUUUAACCUUGAAAACCUGCUUUUUAUCAACACCAUGCUGGCAUUUUCAUUUUCUUCAGCACAUUGUUAGGAGGUGCGAAGCUGUAAAAACGGCUUCUGUCACAAAUGUUACGACCAAAAAAAAAAAAAGUAAUUAGAUUGCUGGUUGUGAGAAAGCUCUGCCUGAAGGUUAACCAUUCUUUAUCUUUGAAAUGUGUUUUAUUAAAGCGUAUUAAACAGAGUUGGGUAGUUUAUCAAACUUUUUUUUUUUCUACUAGAACAUCAUAAUCCACGGCCUGUUUCUAUAAAUAAAUAAACAAACGAACAAAUAAAUAAAUCUCUGGUAUGGUUUUCACUCUGUAUUAGUCACCUGGAGACCUUGAGUAAUUUUUCAUAGCUGCUUAUGAAUUAUUAGGUACUUCUGGCCUCUUUACUGCUGAAAUACAGAGAAAAAACAUAACAUUAAAAACAUGCCACGUGAAAUAGGUUACACGAAGUCAUUUGAUAACGAAAACAUCAUUAUUAUCACAUGAAUGUGUUGCGUCCUCUUAGCCUAUACAAGAGCUAGCUAACAGCCAGCUGGAUAAGAGACUGAUUAGUGGUUGAGAUUGCGCUAGGUGAUUUAACUAAAGCUGAAAACACCAGGAGGCUAACUGCGGGCGUCAGGGAACAGCUGAGGACACAGAUGUAGAUACUCAACGAUUUUAUAAUUGAGAUAAACAGGGCACAGGUGUCAUCCAAGAGCGUGGUCAAAUGUCAUGUGAUGAGCAAACAGCAUAACAAGAGCAGGUGAAAAAACAUGACUAGCAAAACAAGGUUAAAAUCAAAGAAACAAAAAACGAAGCCAAUCGCUUGGUAUAGACUGGUACAAGAGAAACUUUUCAAUGAACGUGAAGGCUAUAGGUGCUUAUACAUUGUUCUAAGCCCAUUUUGUAGUGCGAGUAGCGUGAAAAUUCCAACAACAAGAAGUGCACUUCGAGUACCUGGAUGAUGCAUUUAUUUAAUAAAAUAUGCAGUGUGGAAUGUUGGACACUUCAUCCACUCAGCACUUGCAUCUUUGUUAUGUAGAAGAGGGUCAGGGCUACCAGGCGCUGACACCGGAUGAGAAAAAAAAAAAUUCGGACAAUCCAGUGGACAUCUUAUAAAUGUCUGAGCACAAUGUGUGAUUUUUUUUUUCAACAUCACAUGCAUUUGACGUCAUGUGCCAUGGCCAUUUGUCAUCAACAUCGGCUUAUACUUAUACGGUUAGGAAAAAACAGCUAGUGUUCCAUUUGUGAUGAUACUACACUUCUAAAAUUCAUACACUAAACAUAGUGCACAGUGUAAAUGCAUAGUAUGUAGCCACAACAUAUUUAUACUGAUCUCUUUGCGGGAGUUCUUUUAAUCCAACUUUGGUAAGAGUAAUUCUUAAUACUUAAUCAUACAAAGACAUCCUGGACAAUUUGUGUGUGGCAACAGUUUGGAGAAGACCUACAUAUAGGUGUGAUGGACAAGUGAACAUAUUUUUGGCCAUGUACUACUGCAGAUAGAUCCCAAGCCCGGAUAAAAUGGGAGGGUUGCUUCAGGAAGGGGAUCUGGUGUAAAACAUGCACCGAAUCACAAUAUGUAUAUUGACAUACUUGCCUGAAUACCCUGAAUAGGGAAGAGCUGAAGGACAACAACAACAUUUAUACAGUAAAUCUUAGUUUUCAGCUUGACUUACUUGCAUUUUAUGUACAAUAUGCACAUUUUGUUUUUACCCAACAUCAAUACCAUCUCAGGAAGCAACUGAAAUACAUUGACAGCUAUCAGGAAGUCUUUCUAGACCAGGUCCUAUAAUUAUUAGCAUUUCUUAAUAUAUAGAAACACUAACUAGUCCAGUUUUUGGACCAGCGCCUGUGUUUAGAUCAGAUUUACAGUUGUUCUCUUCUUUUAUUUCUCUUUAGUUUCUGUUAAAGAGCCGCACAGCUUAAUGACUCCACAAUCAGAAAUUCAGGCCAGUCUCUCCAUCAAUAAGAAUUUAACAUUACUUCCGUUUAGCCACCAGGGAGCUUGGAUUGUGAAAUACAAGCUCAUAUACAAGGAUCUUUACAUUUCUAAGGUCCCAGGGAAAUCAGCAACCAUACAGCAAUCCAGGUCCAAUUUGGCUUCUCAAUUAAAAAAAUGUUGCUAGAAAAUCAUUUGUGAAAGCAAGAAUGUGCUUCUUUAUUAGUUCUUUUCCUGUCCUCUGUUUUCCUAGCUGACUCAUUUAGGACAGAAAUGGCAGCUAUUAUGCCAUUUUUAGCAUCUAAUGCCAUUUGUAAUGACUGACUAGCUGAGGUCUGGCAUGGGAAAAACCAUUGCUCUUAUGGUAUUUCAUGCUAAUUGGUGUCAAAAUAGCACAUAUGGGUGCGUUAAUGAAUCCCCAAUUCAACUAGAGUAUGAAUUUAAUAAUGCCAUUUUCUCAAUAUGUCUAUGAAAACACCCACACUAGCAUUUUGGUCACUAUUUGACUAUGCUUUCAUGUUAAAUUAAUGGCCAGGAGUGAAGUAAUUAAUUCCCUCUUAUUAUAAAUGAGAAUUUAACACCUUGGUAGCUGCUGGUGGUGGUUGUGGUUGCGGUGGUGGUGUUGUGUGUGUGUGUGUGUGUGUGUGUAUGUGGGGGUAUUCAGAUAAGCACAUGAGAUUUAAAGCAAGAGAUAUCAUCAUUACUAAAUAAGCUAUGAUCACACAUGGGAUAAAAUUAACAGAUUUAUUUAAACCUACAGCAUAAAUAAGAAGCAAGACAUUAUCAUAUACUAUACAGUAUUUUAGGUGUAUUGUAUUGUAUUGUAUAUACUGUAUGUAUUUUAUUUUCUAAUAAAUUAGUAGCACAGAUUUAUAAUGAUAUAAAACAAUGAAUGUAGUACAGUAGUAUUAAACAAAGCUUCCAUUUUGGAGGAUAUUAGAAUAAAAAAAAGCAGCAGAGCAUCUAGACAAUCUCUGGCAUCAGCAAGUGGAUUCCUGUACACUUUAUAUAUCAUGGUCUACUAUUUAUCAUCAUCUGUCAAUCAAGUAUGCUGUCACUACAGUCUUAUUAAGUACAAAACAUCUCUUAACCAGUGUGAGUUUUGUGGAACACCUGGAUAUCUCCUUGUGUGAAUGAUCUUUCAACUGUUCAGUGAUAUAUUUCCCAAUAUUUACCUUCAUUACACAGCAGUCAUUCCAGUUCAACUUCUCAGCUGUAUGCAUAUCUCAGCAUGCAGCUAUUGACCAAGGCUGACUUUGGAUGGCCUCCUGUUACUCUGUUCUACCACUAGUGAGUGUUUUCUUCUAUAUUUUACUGAAAACUCACAUGAGUAAUUCAUUACGGAUUCCAGCUCACAAUAGUACCUGUUCUGGCGAACAUGAAGAAUCACAAGCAGCACAGAUAUGAGGACGUCCCUGCUACUGGGGCUUGUGUCGCAACAAAGCAUAAACAAAUGCCAGGAUUUGUGCUACCAGAGUGCCAAAUACAGAUGCACUUAUGAAUCCCUGGAAAGGUCCGACAAUAUUAGAUAACAUGUUAGUUAUGCUAGCUGUUUGGCUAUUUAGCUUUGCAUGCAGUCCCUCUAAUUUGCAUAUGGUGUCUCCUUUGUAAAGCAACUGAUUGAGACCUCCUGGAACUGGGACGUUUGGUUUGUAUGCUUUGCCAGGUGUGAUUGGCUCAAUCCACUUUGUGAAAUCUGUCUUGCAUGCAAGAGUAACUAUUUGGAUCUGCUCAUGGAGCCUGCAUGGCCAGGCAGACCAUUUGCAGAUUGGGUUGGUCUUCGGCUGUCUAGCAUAAUAGCGUCUUGUGCCAAAGCAUAAUAGACUUCCUUGCUGUGAGCUCUAAGCUCCCUUGACCAUUCAUUAAAGCAGUUCUCAAUGUCAUUUUAAUAAAUCAAGAUUCAGCAACAAAAGGGUUGAAACAGCAGUGCAUGUAGACACAAUUACUCCCACUUUGCUUCUGGGUUGAGGUUCAGCAGUUCCUCACUGAUUUCUCCCUGAUGUGGUACUUUGCUCAAAUGCUUUCCGCACUAACAUUAUAUAGCUGCUGCUUGAACAUAGCACCUGAUAACAUCCACAGAGAAAUGAAAUUACUCUUAGACUCUCAAUGCAUGACUUAUUUCAUUAUUCUUAUUUCACUAAUUUUAAAGGAUUAG